AUGGACAUCCCCGUCAGCAGCAGAGACUUCCGCUGUCUGCAGCUGGCCUGUGUGGCCCUCGGCCUGGUGGCUGGCAGCAUCAUCAUUGGCGUCUCCAUCUCCAAAGCUGCAGCUGCCGUGGGCGGGAUCUUUAUUGGCGCUGCUGGUCUGGGGCUCCUCAUCUUGGCCUACCCCUUCUUGAAGUCUCGGUUCAACCUGGACCACAUCCUGCCCACGAUAGGGAGCCUGAGAAUCCACCCCCAGCCAGGGGCAGACCAUGGGGAGGGAAGAUCCAGCACCAAUGGAAAUAAAGAGGGAGCCCGUAGCAGCCUGUCCACAGUGAGCAGAACCCUGGAGAAGCUGAAGCCUGGGGGCCGGGGCACUGGGGAGGGCUGA